GCCAGCACGCGCGUCGACGCGAGCUCCACGCGCUCUACAAGAUGGCGCGGACUUUUAUUUAUAUACACUUUCUAACGUUUAUGGCGAUCACAUCGGCGCAGGAUUACUACCACACACCCAGGAUAGGAUCGCAGAAACUCGCUUCGUGCUAUAAUAACGACGGACAGCCACAAAGAUGUAUACCAGAAUUCGAAAAUGCGGCUUUCAUGGUUCAAAUGGAAGCAACCAACACCUGCGGAGACAAUGGUGUCAAGAUGUAUUGCAUCCAAACAUCUGCUGGCACAUCUUCUAGGUCCUGUGAUUAUUGUCAAUCAGGACAGUUUUCAAGUUACUACCUCACUGAUUUACAUUAUGAGCAAGAUAACCUGACUUGGUGGCAAUCGGAAACUAUGAAGGAAGGCAUUCAAUAUCCCAAUCAAGUGAAUUUGACCUUACAUUUGGGCAAGGCAUACGAUAUCACUUACGUUAGAAUAGUAUUCUAUUCACCGAGGCCGCAGAGUUUUGCUAUAUAUAAAAAAUCUAGCGAGGAUUCGGAUUGGGAGCCUUAUCAAUAUUUCAGUGCAUCAUGCCGUGAUACAUACGGCGUCCAAGAACAGCGUGCCGCUGAAAUGGGCGCAGAAACCAGAGCCCUGUGUACCAGUGAAUAUUCUGACAUUUCUCCUCUAUCUGGUGGAAAUGUACUCUUCUCCACUCUCGAAGGAAGGCCCUCAGCUUAUACUUUCGAUAGUAGCCCGGAAUUACAGGAAUGGGUAACAGCGACAGAUUUAAGGAUUUCGCUCGAUCGUUUGAAUACUUUUGGUGACGAGAUAUUUGGCGAUACUCAAGUGUUGCAAUCCUACUGGUACGCCAUAGCGGACGUCGCGGUCGGCGCUCGGUGUAAAUGUAACGGUCACGCUUCGGUCUGUGACACUCAUGAAUUGUCGGAUGGAAGCAGGGCCAGAUACUGCAGAUGCGAACACAACACAGCUGGCCGAGAGUGCGAGAGGUGCUUGGACUUCUACAACGACGCUCCGUGGGGCCGCGCUUCUCCGACUAACGUACAUGAAUGCAAAGCGUGCAAUUGCAAUGGAUUUUCAAACAAAUGUUACUUCGAUAAAGAUUUAUAUGAACGGACUGGACACGGUGGUCACUGUAUAGAUUGUUCUGAAAACAGAGACGGUGCUAAUUGUGAACGUUGUAAGGAGAACUACUUCCAAGGAACUGAAGAUAUCUGUAUGCCUUGUAACUGCAACCCAACAGGUUCACGUAGUCUUCAAUGUAAUUCGGAAGGUAAAUGUCAGUGCAAACCUGGUGUUACCGGUGAAAAAUGUGACGUCUGUGCACCAAAUCACUACGAUUUCACAAACCAAGGUUGCAAGCCUUGUGGUUGCAAUGAGUCUGGAUCCUAUGCCAAUAGUCCUCAAUGUGACCCGAUUACUGGUAUUUGCCUCUGUAAGCAGAACGUGGAAGGGAAACAGUGUAGAGAAUGUAAACCUGGAUUUUUCAACUUAGACCUGGACAAUGAGUUCGGUUGUACUCCCUGUUUCUGUUUUGGACAUUCUUCGCAAUGUAGCUCAGCACCUAAAUAUCAGGCACAUGAGUUAAGUGCACACUUUAUCAGAGAUGCUGAAAAAUGGUCUGCAGAAAAUAGUGACAGAAAAUCUUCGCAGCUCCAAUUUAAUGCUAACACCCAAAAUAUAGCCGUUUCGUCAUUGGGUUCAGAAAUUGUCUAUUUCGUUGCUUCUAAUCAAUUUCUGGGAGAUCAGAGAUUGUCUUAUAACCAUGACCUUAAAUUUACACUACGUUUGGGAGAAAACAGAGGUUACCCUUCGUCACAAGAUAUAAUUCUUGAAGGUGCUCACAGUUCUAUAUCAAUGAACAUUUAUGGCCAAAACAAUCCGGAGCCUUCAGAUCAGGAACAAGAAUACAAAUUCAGACUACAUGAAGAUCCGAAAUAUGGCUGGACUCCAACGCUGUCUAACUUCGAGUUCAUGUCGAUUUUGCAAAAUCUUACAGCAAUUAAAAUUAGAGGAACAUAUAAUAAAGGUGGUCAGGGUUAUCUCAUGAACUUCAAGCUGGACACUGCAAAGAUAGGACGUGAGAAAGGCUCCGAUCCGGCAAAUUGGGUUGAGAAGUGUUCUUGUCCUAAAGCUUACGUCGGAGAUUACUGUGAGGAGUGCGCUCCUGGAUUUAAACAUGAACCGGCUAACGGUGGGCCUUACUCGACCUGUAUUCCAUGUGAUUGUAAUGGUCACGCUCAUAUUUGCGAUACAGCAACUGGUUUCUGUAUUUGUAAGCAUAAUACAACUGGUAGUAACUGUGAAUUGUGUGCAAAAGGAUUUUAUGGAAAUGCUAUAGCGGGCACACCCGAUGAUUGUAAGCCUUGUCCCUGUCCAAAGGACAGUGGCUGUAUUCAACUGAUGGACCAGAGCAUAGUUUGUACGGAUUGUCCUAAUGGAUAUGCUGGACCAAGAUGUGAAGUGUGUGCUGACGGACAUUUCGGUGAUCCAACUGGCCAAUUUGGAGCUCCAAAAGAAUGUGAAGAGUGUCUUUGUAAUGGGAAUGUAGAUCCAAAUGCAGUAGGAAACUGUAAUAGAACUAGUGGUGAAUGUCUUAAAUGUAUUUACAACACUGCAGGCGAACAUUGUGACAAAUGUUUAAGUGGUUAUUACGGAGACGCGCUAGAUCAGAAGAAAAAAGGGGAUUGUAGGCCGUGUGAAUGUCAUGAAGCUGGAACGAUGGAGAGUCCCGAAGGCCCCCCACAAUGUGAUGGUCUAACCGGAUUCUGCUCUUGUAGAUCUCAUGUUAUAGGCAGAAAUUGUGACAAGUGUGAGGAUGGCUAUUACAACAUUAAUUCUGGUGAAGGAUGCAAGGCCUGUGAUUGCAAUCUCGAAGGUUCUUACAAUGCUUCAUGUCACCCCGCAACUGGACAAUGUUACUGUAAACCUGGUAUUGAUGGGAUUCAUUGCGACCGCUGCCGUGCGUAUCACUACGGGUUCUCGACAGAAGGCUGUCGCGACUGUGACUGCGACGAGUGGGGAUCAACAGACUACCAGUGUGAUAAGUUUGGCCAAUGCUCCUGCCAAGAGAACGUUGAAGGGCGCCGAUGUGACAGAUGUAUGGAAAACAAAAAGCGACGUGCAGACGGUCAGGGAUGUGAAGAUUGUCCGCCAUGCUAUAAUCUUGUUCAAGACGCGGUUAAUCAACAUAGGCAGCAACUUAAGGAAUUAGAUGAUAUCUUAGCGAAAAUAUCGAAAGCGCCAACAGUUGUUGAGAAUGCCGAUUUUGACAAUGAAUUACAACGAGUGAGACAAGAAAUCGAUAGGUUGGUGCAAGAAGCUCAAGAUCAACUUGGAAAUGGGCCUGGCACAAGCCUCACUCAUAAUUUGGCGGAGCUAGCUGAUCGACUCUCAGAUGUUAGAAAUAUGCUUUACAAAAUUGAGGACGAAAGUUACGAAGGUAAUGAAUCAGUUGAAAGAAGUAAGGGUAAUGUAUCGAAAGCUGAAGAUACAAUAGAAGCAGCACAGAAAGAAAUCAACAGUGCUUUGGAAUAUCUUGACGGCGAAGGUGCAGCUGCAUUAGCUAAGGCACGAAACAGAUCUGAUCAAUUUGGUAAGCAGUCAGUUGAUAUGUCUGCACUUGCUAAAGAAUCCAGGCUCCUCGCAGAAAAAUUAGAAAACGAGGCAAAGAAUAUCAGAGAUAUAGCGGAGAAGGCGUUCAACACUUCCAUAGCAGCUAAUCAAAUCGCUAAAGAUGGUAUUACUAAACAAGCUAAUAUAAGUAAUGAAGUACAAAUGUUGGCGAAUGAAUUAAACGCAGCAUCUGGGAAAUUAAGUAGUCUUUCGGAACUUGCAGACCAAGCUCUUAAGCGAGCAAAGACCGUAUACGAGGAAGCUUUAGGUCUUUACGCUGAAGUCAAUACAACUUUAUUACCAGACAUAAAACUUAGCAAAUUGCACCACGAUUCGCUUGAAAUGAAUAAAACUAUCGACGAAAAGUCCGCAGAAUUAGACCAAUUGAUAGCAAAUAAUGAAGAAACUCUGCGGGCUAUAGUAAACGCAGUUAAUCAGGGCAGGAGUCUUUUAGAUCAAGGUCAAAACCGACAGGACGAAUUAAAUGAUCUUCUCGCAAGAUUGGAUGAAUUGCAGGCUCAAGCGAAAAAUGAUGUUGAACUAACAAAUGCAACGUUGAAGGACGCUAAUGAAAUAUAUCAAACAUUAAAAGAAUUCAGCGACCAAGUGACAGAAUCUCGUCAACUUGCCGAACAAGCUGGAUUAGAUGUUCCAGAAGUUCAAUCCAAGGUAGCCGCGGCUGAGGAAAGUAUUUCAAGCAUUACUGAAGAGUUGAACACCGCCAGUGACAAAGCUAAAGAAGCGAGAGACUUGGCGCAACAAGCUCAAAAAGAAUAUGCGGAUAAAGCAUCAGAGGCAGCUCAUGAAAUAAGAAAGAAAGCAUCGGCAUCACGCACUGAAGCUGGUAAACUUAGGGACGAAGCUGAGAAACUAUCCACUCGAGUUAAAGGAACAGCUCAACAAAUAGAAGACUUAGAAAAGCAGGCCAAAGAUAAUAUGCAACUCACUAAGGACGCGAAGAUGAAGGUCGGACAAGCAGAUACGGAUGCAAGAGAGGCUGAAAAGCAAGUCACUAAAGGACUAGAAGAUCUUAAAGUAAUAAUGGAUGAAUUGCAAAAUUUACCAACACUGGAUGACGAGGCGCUUGACAGAUUACAACAAAGCCUUGACAACGCCGAACGAGCCCUUAAAGAACAAGAUCUUGAUGGAAAAAUAAAGUCAUUGGUUGAGGCUAAAAAUAACCAUCAAAGGUGGAUUAAACAGUAUCAAGAUGAACAUGAUCUACUUCGUGGGGAAGUGAACAACAUUAAAGAUAUAUUGGACCAACUUCCCGACGGUUGCUUCAAGAGGAUCGUCCUUGAACCCACUGAGGGCCCGAGUAGACCAGUUAAUUACAGAUAAAACCGUAUUAUGUCAUUUGUAUAAUUAAAAUUGUUGACAUGAAACAUUCGAUUGUUGGAUUAUUUUUAAUGGACUAUUAUAAAAGUUGUUAUAGUAAAUAAAUAAAUGAAAUAAUUAACGAUUUCCGGGAUGAACUUAUGUACAUCUGCCUAAAUUAGACAUAAAAUCCAGCAAAACUGUUAGUCAAGAUUCAAACCUCACUCUUUGUACUUAAAGACUUAACUUCAACACACGAAGCCUCAGAGGCUAGAACCGAUCGAUAUUCUGGUCAGCUUUAAUCUGUUAAUAAUAAUAUUUAUAAAGCAUUUUUACACUUAUUAUACAUGACGUCAUAAUAUGUCUGAAAAAUGUUUUUUUCAAUUUUAAUUUUUGUGACUUAAGCAUAUACCUAUUGUAAUGGAAUGGACUUGUUUAACGCUUAUCGUAUUUAGAUGUAAGUACAUUGAUUAAGGAGAAAGCAUUUACUUAUAUAUUAGGCAUUUUUUUAAUAAUAGCAAAAAAGAAUCAGUUGUUAGGUUUAUAAAUAUAUAUGAUAUAAUAUGACACACAAGUAUUACAACAAAAUAGCUAACCAUUAUUAUGUGCCCGUAUCUGUUACAGUUAUUUAGGUCAGUAUAGACUUUAAUUUCGCGCUUUCGUAGUUUCAACAUUUUUGUACAGUUUACCUUAGUAUCGUUCAAGGAAACGGAAGCAAUAAGAUUUUUGCAAUUGUAUGUACUUAUCUAGACGGAAUGACAAUAUGCCUUGUGUGUCAUAUUUACUUAAGUGGUACAUUGUGUAAAUACUUAUAAAUAUCUACAAUUAGUAAAAAUGAUGUGUUUUUAAAUAGAUUAAGGUCUUUUAUAAUAUAAGAACCUUUUUAUUAUUUGGAUCAAAAUUAUUCCUACACAAGUUUCGCCAAAGAAAUAAAUGGAUGAAUGUUAGAGUAUUGAACAGCGCAAUUUUUGUGACAUCAUGCAUUUCACAGAGGUUUGUGCCUAUUAGAGAUUAUUUAUUUGUAAUACAAUUAAUAUGCCAUUUA